AUGACGGACGACCUUUCCUACACCACGCUGUUCGCUGCCGCCGUCUUUGGCGGCAUCCUUCUCUAUAACUAUUCGUCAUCCGACCGCAAGAACAAGUUGCCUCCUGGUCCAAGGCGACUCCCGAUUAUUGGCAAUGUGCACCAGAUGCCCCAAGAGGAGCCCUGGAAGGUGUUCUCUCAGUGGGGGAAGAAGUAUGGCGGUAUUAUGCACGUCAUGGCGUGCGAUCUUAUCGGGUACGGUGAGACGUUCGUGCUGCAACCCUAUGGCGACAAUUGGCGGAAGCAGCGUCGCCUGGUAGCGCACGACUUCGGACAAGCCAUGGCUCCCCGGUACCAUUCCCUGCAAGAGAAGGAGGCUCGCAUCCUUGUCCGCAAUGUCCUCAAGGACCCUUCCUCGCUCGUGUCGCAAAUCAAGCUGCGGAUCGGCAUUAUCAUUAUUCGCGUCACUUAUGGCUACUACAUCCAGUCGGAGAACGACCCCAUCCUUACGACCCCUCUCACGGCCAUGGACAACUUCAGCUAUUCGACUUCGCCAGGAAACUUCUUGGUUGACUUUAUUCCAAUUUUGAAACACAUUCCUGCCUGGAUGCCUGGAUCUGGAUUCUUGAAGACUGCCAAAGAAUGGCGAAAGAUCGUUUGGGAUGCCUCUUGGAAUCCUUAUGACUGGUGCAAGAAGAACUUGGAAACUGGCAAGACAUUGAUGCCCAACCUCUGCGGAAACUUCAUUUCGGAGUCCUGCGGUGAGAUGACCCAAGACGAAGAGGACAAAUUAGUCUGGGCCGCCUCCAGUGUUAUGGGUGGCGGUUUGGAUACCAACAUGUCUUCGGCACUGACGUUCUACAUGGCUAUGAUUCUUAACCCGCGCGUUCAGGCGAAGGCCCAGGCUGAGCUCGAUGCUGUGGUUGGAAAGGAUAGAUUGCCGACGAUCAACGACCGCGAGAACCUGCCGUACAUUCGAAGCAUUAUUGCUGAAAUCUUCCGUUACAGCCCCGCUAUUCCUAUGUGUAUUCCUCAUGCGCUGAGUCAGGAUGAUGUCUACGAGGGAGUCUUCCUUCCCAAAGGUGCUCUGAUUAUGCCCAACGUCUGGCACAUGCUGCACGACCCCGAGGUGUACGCCAACCCCAUGGAAUUCUAUCCGGAGCGUUUCAACAACGACGACGCGGAGAUGGAGAAAGUCAAAGACCUGACGUUCGGCUUCGGACGGCGCUUCUGCCCUGGAAAGCACUUUGCCGAGGGCACCCUCUUCGCCAUCGUCGCUACCACCCUCGCCACCUGCGAUAUCCUCCCUGGGCUCGAUGAGAAUGGGAAGGAGGUUAUGCCCAAGUACAAAUACACGCCCGGUACUAUCACAUUCCCGGAGGCAUUCCCUGUCAGGCUGCGCCCCCGAUCUGCACAGGCGCAAGCACUGCUCGCUGAAGCGUCCACUGCCAUUGAGUAA